ACUUAUAUUAUAGCCCCUUAACAUAGUUCUUAUAUUAUUUAACUUAUUACUAUUACCUUAGCGAAUGAUCUUACCAUAAUUUUUUUUAGAUCCAGAUGCAAUGGCAGCUUUCAUGAAAAACUUCUUGUUGCCGAAUGCAGCAAAUGCUGACGAUUUGAAUGAUUUGAUGGAAGAAGAAAGCACACCACUCGAGACACCACUAGAAGCUCCUAACAAGAUGGUAUGGGUCAGUAUGAAACCAUCAGGAACAGAUAUUGCGGCCACUGAAUUGUUUUUGCAAUUCCGAAAAGACCUGAGUGAUAAAUUUGAUGACAAAAAAACUGUGAAAAGUCAUUUAUGGAGUAUGAUUGCAUCCAAGUUAAAUGAUGCAGGGUAUAAUGUAGGCGAUAGACGAGAGGGUGCUGAAAGCCAGAUGCAUGGCAUAUUGGGUAAAAAGGAUAAAGUCUACCCACAAAAUCUACAAGACAGCUUGGAUGAGUCAGACGUUUCAAUGAAUGAUAUUGAAAAUAAUAGCGAAGAAAAAGAAGUACAUGAAAAAAAUACUGAAAAAUCUGAAGAAGGAACACCUAAAGGAGACCCUUCUACCCUGAUAAAAAAUAGGUUUAAGAGCAAUAGAAUUCUGCAGCCUAAAAGUGCCAAUGCUGUUCUUGUUGAUGUAAUGAAACAGCAACACAAGGAACUACAAACUAGUAGAGAGAAUGAAUAUAUAGAGUUAAAAAAAAUGAUAGAGAGCCAAAAUGAGCAGAGGGAAAGAUUCCUAAAUCAAUUUGAACGGCUUGUUACAUAUGAGGUUUCCAAGAAAAAAGAAAGAGGUCUGAUAGUUCUGAUUCCGAUUCCGAUUAAUGUUUCACUAAAAUCCUUUUGUUUGAAAAACAAGUGA